AGUGAAUCCAAUUGAACCGAAAUUGUGGACAAAAUGCAGAAAAGCGAGACAAACAACACAUUCUUCACCGGUUUAUCCAACUCUGAGAGUCUUAUCAUAAACGAGAAAAUGCGUGAAUUUCACCAAAUAUUGUCUCAAAUCAACGAAGAGGUGAACAGAUCUGAACACAACUUAACGAAUAUCACCAAAACUCAUGAGAGGAUGCAAACCGAACCACAAAAGCCUUAUUAUAAACACAAACUCAAAGGUCUCUACAAGACUGCCCUUCAGGACACAGAAAGCGAGUCCGAUAUCAUUAGGAAGGCGUUGGACGUGAUCCAUGAGAUACGGUCUGUCGUGAAGAGUCGACAACGAAAGCCUGGACACGGAUUCACCAAAGAGACGGCCAUCAGGAGAGGGGCUCUCAUGAAAAUGCUUCAACAAAACGCCGCAACUCUUCCGCUGUUUGUUCCCAAAUCAAGCGAAGACACGACUCCUCCUCUGUGCGGAGCGAUGGGAGCGGAGGCCCAAUACGCGGCCAAAAUGGGUGAUCUCGUGGCCGCUCUCGUCAAGGGUAACGAUGGCGACGAAAACUGGAUUCUCGCGGAAGUGGUUCACUAUAACCACAGUUCAAACAAAUACGAAAUCGAUGACAUCGAUGAGGAACAGAAGGACAGACAUAUCCUGAGUCGACGCCGAGUACUACCCCUUCCACUGAUGAGAGCUAACCCGGAAACAGAUCCCGACGCCCUCUUCCCUAAGGAUACCCUCGUCUUAGCACUGUAUCCGCAGACGACGUGUUUCUAUAGGGCUAUAAUCCAAGACCCGCCCAAAACAGCUCAACAGGAAUAUCAGGUACUCUUCGAGGACUCGAGUUAUUCAGACGGAUAUUCGCCACCGCUUUCCGUUCCCCAGAGAUAUGUAAUCGCGUGUAAAGAGUCGCGAAAGAAAUAAUGUAAAUGUAAUGACAAUUGCUUUAUAUUUAGUUUAUUUACCGGUAAGGGGUUUACGGAUUAAUGGGCUUUUUGUGUGUAAUUUAUUUAUACAUUUUAUGGCAAUAUCUGUUGGGUUUCACAUGACUUUGCUUUUCAUUUCAUUUGCAAUAAAAUCAUUUCCAAUAUUAAGAAAUAAA